UCCGCGGUAAAGUUCAAUCUGGAUCAUAUGGACGAAGGUGAACGAACUUUAGGCUUAAUAUGGCACCCGAAGGAGGAUAGUUUAGGUUUCGAUGUUUCUUUUAAACGUAUUCCGGUGGAUAUUAUAAACGGGAUUAAAACUCCUACAAAACGCGAAAUGUUACGCGUUGUUAUGUCAAUUUUUGAUGUAUACGGUUUUUUGUCGCCUUUUACAAUAAAAGGUAAAAUAUUACUCCAAGAUACGUGGCGAAGUAAUAUUCAAUGGGAUGAGGAUAUUCCACAAUUAAUUAAUAAUAAGUGGAACGAGUGGUUGCAAAUUUUAAAACGCGUCGAAACGAUACGUUUGCCGCGUUAUUUUGAAAAUGUAAAUAGUCUUAGGAAUGUACGCGAUGCACCGAAUAGCGAGUGCCCCCCGUCUCCCCCCGCGCCCCUCGCUUCCCCGCGUGCGCCCGCGCGCGCUCCUGUGUGUCGACCGCUGUCGCCCGGGUCAAGGACACGAACAGCUGACGCGUGUACUUAUGUUUCGGGCGGUUACAAUAAUUUAGAAUUGCAUUUAUUUUGCGACGCGUCUACUAAGGCUAUGUGUGCUGUCGCUUACUGGCGCUGGAUGUCUAAUAAUAAUAUUCGCGUUGCGUUUAUUGCCAGUAAGUGUCGAGUGGCUCCCUUAAAACUUACGUCGGUGCCACGCUUGGAACUACAAGCUGCGCUUCUCGCGGCUCGGCUCGCCGACACUAUAGGAAAGGAGCACACUAUGAAACCUGUAAAUAGAUAUUUUUGGUGUGAUUCUAGUACGGUUCUACAUUGGAUUCGGAACGACGCGCGCUGUUAUAAAGCUUUUAUUGCACAUCGUCUAGGGGAGAUAGAUGAACUAACUAGUAUUAACGAUUGGAGGUAUGUACCCACCAAAUUAAAUGUCGCAGAUCAGGCCACAAGAGAUUCUUGUGAUUUUUCCGUUUUUAACGUCGAUAGCGAGUGGUUCCGUGGCCCGAAUUUUUUGUAUAGCGAUGAGUCGUUAUGGCCAGCAGAUUUCUUGGUACCGAGGGUCAAUAAGGUAGAUCUAGAGUUUGUAAAUACAGUCCACAUAGUCGAAAACAAUCUACCUGCUGUGCCAGAUCCGCUGCGUUUCUCAUCGUGGCUACGGUUACUUAGGUCUACUUGUAUAGUUUUUUCGUUUGUAGAUAUUAAAUGUAAGAAGCUUACCGGUACUAUCGACGGUGACUUAAUGUCUAAGGCUGAACAGCUGUUAGUUAAAUAUGCGCAGUUACAGAGUUUUCCCGAAGAUGUACAUAGUCUGAAAAAUAAUAAUUAUGUAAAUAAGAAAAGUAGGUUACUUACCUUGUCUCCGUUUCUCGACGAGCAAGGAAUCCUGCGCGCCGGUGGCCGCAUCGACGCGGCACGCGACGUCCCGGUUAGUGUGAAACAUCCCGUCAUACUCGACGGCAGGCACCACGUCGCGCGCCUUAUUGUCAAACAUUUUCAUGUUCGCGCUGCCCAUGGUAACCAUGAGACUAUACCUCCCUCCAGUCCGCAUUGGGGUGGGGCAUGGGAGCGCCUCAUUCGAACUGUCAAAAGUUCACUUAAAGUCGUAUUAAAUGAGCGCACCCCCCGUGAGGAAGUUCUACUCACACUGAUGGCUGAGGUCGAACAGAUAGUGAACGGUCGUCCGUUAACGCAUGUGAGCGUGGAGCCAGGGUCGGAGGAGGCCCUCACGCCUAAUCAUUUUCUUUUAGGUUCGUCGUCAAAUUUACCGGUGUUAGGGGAGUUCGACAACUCCGAUUUAUUUUUACGUAAGCAAUGGCGUAUAGCGCAACGCCUUGCAGAUAUGUUUUGGUCUCGCUGGGUAAAGGAGAUGCUGCCGCAGCUGAUCCCUAGGAGCAAGUGGACCCAGGAAGAGACACCUCUGAAAGUAGGGGAUUUUGUUUUUAUCGCGGACCCGAAUUCUCCGCGAAACUGUUGGUUGCGGGGAACAGUAGAGGCGGUCAUGCCAGGGAAGGAUGAGCGCGUCAGAGUGGUGGACAUUCGCACUAGGGCUGGAAUUCUAAGACGCUCUGCGGCCCGCGUCGCACGUGUACCUAUGGGCUAG